GGGCAUUUAUCACCUUCUUCUCACUCCCAUGUGGGGCUCAAGUACAUCCCUUCAGUACUUGAAGCAGAGAAACAUGUUGGGGAUUCACAAAGUGCUGCGGUCAUUCUUUGCAUUGCUUGGUUUGGUUUCAGGUAUAAGAAUUACUUGAGUAAGUGAGUCCUAGAACAGCCAAACCCAAUGGAUAAUCAUGUAGUGCAGAGUUGUGAUAGUAUAGCUACAAUCAUACUAGUACCUUUCGGAACACUUGGUAUUUAUGAGUCUUAUGGAGUUGCAACCAAAUCCGUCAUCAAUGUUGGAGGUGUCGGAGGUGUAGCUACUGAUUUCGCUUUGAAGGAUGUUCUUUCCAAUGUGUUAAGUGGAAUCUUCAUCCAAUUUAUCAGGUCAUUUAGGAUGGGAGAUGUCAUCCGUGCUGGCAGUGUUGAUGGUGAAGUUAUCGCCAUGGGUCUCAUAACCACUACUUUACUUUCUGCUGGGAAGAUUCCGAUGUUUGUCCCCAACCCUCCUUUUUCAAACGAGAUUAUACACAACAAGUCUAGAGCUUCUCUAUAUGUAAUUGAAGACAAGAUCGGCCUUUCUCUUAAGAUUGAAGAUUAUGAAACCAUUCCUAUCAUGAUUUCUAAGAUCAAAGAGAUGUUGACUAAUAAAAAAAGACAACCCUGCAUAAAAGAUAAUGAUAAGGCACCUGAGGAAAAAGAAGAUAUAAGAGCAAGCCCAAUGCUUGGUUAUUGGCAUGAAAAUAUGUGCCAGUUCUGCUAUUACAAGUAA